AUAUCCAUAAUUAUCAAGCAGCGGCACGGAUCGGUACCAUCACAACGACAACCAAUUCUGGAAACAGAUGGCUCUUCUUCCUAACGCUUCAUUCUCUUCUAAAUUCCCACAAAAGAGCAGGCACCUUGUCUCGUCAUCCAAACGACAGCCCCUCUCUAUCUCCCUCUCCCGCUUCUCGACGCCGCAAGUUCUUAAGGAAAAGUUUGAAGAAUCUUGUCUUUCACUGGGAGAAACGGCUUCUAGAGCUAGCUUGCUAGCUAUCCUCUCUGCUUCAUUGUUCUUGGUUGAUCCUGCUUUGGCUUUCAAGGGAGGGGGUCCUUAUGGAGCUGAGGUGACAAGAGGACAGGAUCUGACUGGGAAAGAUUUUAGUGGCAGGACCUUGAUAAAGCAAGAUUUUAAGACGUCCAUAUUACGACAAGCAAAUUUCAAAGGUGCACAGCUGAUUGGUGCUAGCUUUUUUGAUGCUGAUUUAACAGGGGCUGAUCUUUCUGAUUCCGAUCUGAGAGGUGCAGAUUUUUCCUUGGCAAAUGUAACAAAGGCAAAUCUGGCCAAUGCUAACUUAGAAGGUGCACUUGCUACAGGCAACACAUCUUUCAGAGGAUCAAAUAUUACAGGAGCUGACUUCACAGAUGUGCCUUUGAGAGAUGAUCAACGUGAAUACCUUUGCAAAGUUGCAGAUGGGGUAAAUCCAACUACUGGAAAUGCAACAAGGGACACAUUACUCUGCAAUUAGUAUGUUCACAAUUAUGAAAUUGUUGUUGAUCCAAGAGUUAUGACACUGUUGCAGUUUUUGUCUCUUGAGGUUGGUACGUUUAAUUUUAAGCAAAUGAAAUGUGGUAAUCUCCUUUUUUUAAUGUCCAUGAUCAGAUUUCAGAUGAAUUGAACUUAUUAUAUCAUCCUAAAUUCUUGUUCCAUGAAGGUUUUAUUUCCCUGCAUUUUUAUGAAAAUUACCACUACAAAGUCUCCUAUUGUAUUCUAAUAAUAAUAGAUGGAGGGGCUAUCUUAGUUCAGCAUAUUUUGCAGAGCUACCUGUGUGUUUAAAUGUAGCUUUUAUCUUUCUAGAGCAAAUUCACAAAAUGGAAAGAGCUCCAUUAACCUUUAUUAAUUGUGUAGUUACAUUUAUUUCAAAAAACAAACCUUUCCAACAUGGAACAUGGUGUAACCAUUUUGUUUUGUGGGUUUUUAGUGGUUUCUAGGUGAACCACUUGUCAUGCUUUUUCUAGGUUUCACAUCCGAAUUCCCAGCAUCUUUCAGCAUCCUCGUCAAGAGUGGAGCUGCCUAAGGUCAUCCACAUUGACAUUUCAAACUAUUCGAUCCCACCUGGGAAAAAAUACUUUGUAAAGAGCAAGGGACUUACUUUUCGCUAACCUUUGGUUUUUGCAUUUUUUUUCUUUUUUUGGGGAAAGCAAUAAUUACACUAAUAAUUUUAGUAUUUGUUC